ACAGGCCCCAGCGGCCUCCUAACACCGCUCAAAAGGUUGCAAUCCGUAUCGCAAAAUUGGCUCAAGCUGUUUCUGGCUUAGCAUUUGGGCGAAGAUUUUUUGGUUACCAUCCAGAGGUAUGCCUGCACAACACUGCAGCACCCCCAGUCCAGGCACUGCAGGGAUGUCGAGUUUUGCGGGCGUCAGUCUCCCUCCCGUCAGCGAGCAGCGACCAAGGCCAGCGUUGGCGUGGGCGGAGACAUCCAGCGUGGCGCCCGCACCGAGGCAGCCCUCGACUCCCAGGACGACCCGCGGGCGCUCCUGCGGAGUGGGCCACGGCGGGGCCGUGCCGGGCUUCGGCGGCCUGAUCCGCAGGCCCUGUGGGCUCCAGCUUCCUCAGAGUUCGGCAUCGGCACCUGCGACUCUCGAAGACCUUCCCUACGCGAGGAGACUCGACAUGCGGAUCUGCGAGCCUCGCAUGGGCAGCCGCACGUCACGCCAGCUCGUGGCCAGAGCCUUCCCGGUGCCAGAGUUGUUGCCGGGAGUGGUGGGGCUGGGCAGCGGCGGGGCAGUAGGCAACCAGACGAGCGACAUCGAGUCCACCGCCGUCCAGGAUUUGCCGAGUCCUGGCCAGAGCAUCUCCCGCAGGCCGCCCGUCUUCGACGGGCGUGAGAGGAUCCCGUGCUCCCUGGACCCCAGCCGGUUCGGCCGCGAGCCGGCCGGGCCCACGCGCCCCGAGGGGGCGCCUGGCCAGGCCCGCCCCCGCCACGCCGUGAGGUCGCUGUCGGCGAGGGGGGGGCGGCGCCCGGCCUCCAGCAGCUGAGUUUUUUUUUUUUUUAACCGGCGCAGACGGGGCUACGACGAAGACACGACACGCCUACCACGGCGCCCCAAGACCACCCAAACGUUUUCUCUCCUGUGCUCUGUGGGCGGUGCCACCCGCGAAUGAAUCAUGCCCUAAGUUGCGUGCAGAACGGGGCGCAGACAGCUUGCACAUCGCAGCGUGCGCCUUGACCGCCCGCGCAGCCUCCCGACGUCCGCAGCACCAAUCGUUAGAAACAGUGUCCACUGGCUGGCAUCGGGAGGGCACUCCAAGCGCCGGCAGCCAUGGAUCGCCCGCCCGUGGAACUGGCGACGCCGGGUGGCUUCAUAGUUUCACAGCGCCUGGCGGCUGUAGCGUCGGCGCCUACUGUUCCUGCCCGUGCGCCUCUGACGUGCACGGCGUUUCCUUCUUCUUCUGCUAUCGCCGUUGAGGAAGCUGGCCGACGCCCACUCAGUCCAGCUCUUGUUCCUAUUAUGCGGGCCCAGCUUUCGUGCAAUGGCUGAAAGUCCGCCCAGGCGGCGCUCUCGCCUCGGCGCGGGCAGCACGCCGCCAGCGUCACCUGCAUGCCGUGGCCAAUUCAAGAGCGAAUCGUGAGGAUGUCUCAGCAGAUACUGGCUUUCUUGGUUCAGAUGGCGGGCUGGACGCGGAGCAGGGGUCCGACGGUGAUGGCGGAACACUGCGCAGGCAGUUGCACGUCUCGUGGAGUGUGUUGCGAUGUUUAUUCCCAUGUUUUGCGUCGUGAAGUUUGUUAUCCGUGUCGCGCCUCCCUCUGCUCACUCCCUCCUCCUCCUCCUCCUCGUCGUCCUCCUCCUCCUCCGCUUUCUCUUUCCUUCUAUAUCGCGAUCAGAAUCAUCGCGAUGCGAAAGGCAUCGUGCUUGGGCAACG